CUACAGGACAAGUACGCCUUACCAGCUUCUGCAGUACUGCAUAGCUGAAACAGAAGAAUGCAUUUUUAACAUGGAGAAAUCUCCCCUUUAAAGUGAGAAGCAUCUUAAAUAUCUGGACUGGAAGCGUGGGACUGAGUUACAGUGUAUAUCCACAAUGGAGGACGUUUGUAAUGGAGAUGUUGAUCUGUACUGUGCAGAAGUAGAGGACACUCCACCAACACCACAGUCUGGCUGCAAGGAGACACAAAUGGAGAGCUUAUUGAAGGAUCUGGGCUUGGAGCAACACUACAAUGAGAAGAUAUCCCUGAGCACAGUACUUCAGAUUGAUGGGAAGACCAUUACUGAUGAACCUGUCAAGUGUAAUUCAGAUCUUCCGUUGUAUUUUCUGAAGAAACUGAUGAUGGUUAAUGUGACAGCUAGGAAUGUGAAAUUCAUUUCAGGAUGUGACUUAAACUGUGAUGCUGCAUCAGGGAAUAUAGGGUUAGAUCUUGAUAAAUUGCUCAACAGUUCAAAUACAGGUAACAUGCUAAACCCGCUUGACGUAAUUACUGCUCUUUUUCUGUGUUCUGAUGGUUUUGUACAGCAGGAAAUGGCACUCAAAAUGUCUAUGUGUCAGUUUUCUGUGCCUCUGCUGCUUCCCAGUUGUGACACAGAAAAGUGCACACUUAUGCUGUGGGCCAUGAGAGACAUUGUUAAAAAGUACAGGCCUCAGUCACUGUCUGAAUCCAAGGGCUUCAUUGAAGACAGAAUUGUUCUCUCAGAUCUUCCAAUGAUAUCUUUUGUGAGAUUAGGUGAAUGCUCCUUGUCCAAGUCAGAGAUUCUCAAUAAACUUCUGAGCAAUUCUCAGCAGUACCAUGACACCUUUGUUCAUGGCAACAUGGAGUGUGGCGACAGUCCGAGGCGAAUAUCCAAUGGAUUGGUUGAAAUGACUUGGUACCUUCCUUGUGGAAACAAAAACAUGGAUCUUUUCAGUGAACCAGUUGCUGUAGCUAACCUUCGUGGGGAGAUUGCUUCAUUUGAAACACAGUACUCUUUUUUGUGUCAGACAUCUACAGCAGUUUUUGUGUUCUUUGACAAUUUGGACUCUGAGUGCAGGCUACUGACCAACCAACACCAGAAGGCGCAGAUCUUCUUGGUAGGGAACUGUGAAAGUAAGAGAUUCAGUUUGGAUGCACUGAAAAAGGUAGCAACCAAGCUGGGCUUGACCAACAGCAACAUCAUUUUGAAGACUAAAGGUAUGAAUGAUGCAGACUUUGUGAGAAAUUUGAGGAAAACAGUCAGGGAUGUUGUUGAAAACCCAAAGAUGAAGAUGCCAAUAGAGCAGAUGGCUGACAUUGCCCAUGAACUGGGAAUCUUGGUUGAUGAAGACUCUCCAGAGUGCCAGACUGCCAAGAAAAAUGCAGAUCUCAUCACUGCAGAAAUUCAAGACAACCUCAAAUACAAAGAAGCUCAGCUUCCCAGGCAAGGCCAAAUAUGGAAGGAACUGACUUGCUUAGAGAAGGAAGAAUUUCGGCUUCGGAAAGUUGGAUCUGAAAAUAUAGAAAUGUACAAAAGUAAUCUUAAGGUACAGAAAAAAAAACUUAGGGGAAAACAGAACUUUUACAACAUAUCACCUGCUAUGAUAUGUUUCAUCAAUGCAAUAUCAAGCCCUGGGAUAGAGAGAUCCUAUUUCCUGAAAUGGAUGCGAAUUAACCUCGAUAACCUGUCUCGAGAAAAACUUUCUGGUCUCAGGGAACAAUACAAAAAGAAAUGUAAGAGUUCUGAGAACAAAGAGGAGAUUAAAGACAUCGACAGACAACUUUCCAACAGCUCACUGGGGACUGAACACUUCUUCCGUGAAAUGGGUCAAAUCUAUGAAGCUUCAGUUUCCCUUCCAGAAACGGACCCAUCACGUCAACAAUUACAGCAUCUUCCAAAACUCUGUGCAGAAUUGUUGCUUGAUGGAUUUCCUCUUGAGCUUGUUGAUGGAGAUGCAUCCAACAUACCUCUCAGAUGGGUGAGUGAUGUUCUCUCUCAGCUCAAUGACUUGGUGGCUCCCAAGAGCAAGAUAUUGGUGGUCACAGUACUUGGAGUUCAGAGCACAGGAAAGUCCACUCUGCUUAACACCAUGUUUGGAGUGCAGUUUGCUGUCAGCAGUGGUCGAUGCACUCGAGGUGCCUUUAUGUUGCUCAUCAGAGUCAGUGAAGAUAUGAGAAAAGUACUCAACUGUGACUUCAUGGUGAUCAUUGACACUGAGGGUUUAAAGUCACCAGAGCUUGCACAACUGGAUGAUAGCCAUGAGCAUGACAAUGAGCUUGCAACACUUGUUGUGGGGCUGAGUGAUAUCACCAUUAUCAAUAUUGCCAUGGAGAAUUCAACAGAAAUGAAGGACAUCCUACAAAUAGUUGUGCAUGCUUUUCUCAGGAUGAAAGAGGUUGGCAAAAAGCCCAAAUGUCAGUUUGUUCACCAGAAUGUGUCAGAUGUUUCAGCCCAUGACAAGAACUUACGAGACAGGAAGCUGCUCUUGCAGCAGUUAAAUGAAAUGACCCAGGCAGCAGCCAAAAUGGAGAAGAAAGAAGAGAACAAGCGCUUCACUGAUGUGAUGGAGUACAAUCCAGACACUGGGAACUGGUACAUUCCUGGACUCUGGAAUGGAAACCCACCAAUGGCACCAGUCAAUGCAGGGUACAGUGAAGCUGUAUAUGAGCUCAAGAAGAACAUCAUCCAAAUGCUGGGAAAUUGCGAAUCAACAAACAAUAUCUCUGAGUUUACAGAGUGGAUGUCAAGCCUGUGGAAUGCAGUGAAGCAUGAAAACUUCAUCUUCAGCUUCAGAAACAGCCUGGUGGCUGAUGCCUACAUGAGGCUUUGCACAGAAUUCAACAAAUGGGAAUGGGAAUUCAAAAAAGAAAUGUACACCUGGGUCACAAAUGCUGAAACAAGAAUUUCCAAUUUUGGGAAAUUUGUUGUGAGAUCAGAGAAUCAUGACAUGAAAGAGUUUCUUGCAUGUUUGAAAAGUGAAGCUUGCACACUGCUGUCUAAAUGGGAGAUAAAGCUCCUUAAGAAUCUGACAGAGUACUUCAAGCAAACUGAGGGUCAUGUCUAUCUGGUAGAAGGAUACAAAGAGGAAUUCUCAAACAGUGCAAAAAGUCUUCGACGAGAAAUAGAGAGGUCUGUGUUUAAUCGGAUCACAGCAGCAGCAGAAAUCAAACAGGGAAUGGCAGAACUUGAAAGAGUCAAGAAGAAUCAUACAGAAGAAUUAGAUGGAAGAGUGUGCGCAUUAGUUGGGAAAUGUCGGAAGAAAAAAGUCAAGAUGACAGACACAGAGCUGGACCAAGAAUUUGAAAAAAUGUGGAAGGAAACAGUGGAUGCUCUAUCAUUUUCAAAACAAAAGGCAACAAAUGUCUUUACCAGUGUGUCUCACUCCCUGAGAACAAAUAUCUCACAUAAGGGGAGUUGUGCAUGUGAAGUAUUAAGCCAAAAAAGCCUACAUGAAUGUGGAUUGGAGCAAUUCAAAUAUACAGCUGAAGGAAUGUUUAACAAAUUUAAAAAGUUCUUCAACAUGCAAGGUCACACAAUCGCUGUACAAAAAAUGGCUGACAGCAUCAUAUCUGCCUGCUCACAGUUUGUGAAUGACAAAGUGGACAAGAAAAGUAAUUACCAUGACACUUACAUUGAGGAGAUCCUUCUCAUGAUUGAUGAGAGGCUGAAAAACAACCAAGAACUGAAGACAGGCAUUGAGUUUGAAGUUUCCCUAAAACAGCACAUCUGUGGAUUUGCAGCCAGGAAGUUUCAGGAAAUGCAUGAAGAUUUCAUACAUGUGAAUGAUCCUUACAGAUGUCUGCUUCAAAACAAAGAAAAGUUUCGUACAGAUUUCAAAGAUGUCUUCAAUGAACGAGAUCAGUGCCAGAAGAAGGCACAAGAAUUCACCAACAAAUGCUUGAAGCCUGCAGUCGAAGACUUUGUCAACCGCUCCUUGGGUCCUGACAUCAUUGGUGAAAUGCAGACACGCUAUGAGUUCAAAACACGGAUGUACUUCCAGUAUUCAAUUUUAUUGGAUUUGUUCACCAAUGGUGACUUUGAAAAGUAUCUGAGCUACAUUUGCUCAUAUGAGGAUUAUGUGAAGGAAUGGACACUCAGCCAAAUAAUGGAACACUUCUCCAACCCAUGUAAAGCAUUUGAGUUUGAGGAUCAACACAUUCAGUCAAGUAUCAACAGCAUAAACAAUGCCAUCAACAAGGCCAAAACAGGAAAGAGUGACAACUUGAAGACAUUUGUUAAAGAUAUCUGCAAAGAACUUGGUGAUAAACUGGAUAUUCCCCAGGAUGCUCUUGGUGCUUUCAUGAUCCUGAACAAUGCAGUCCAGGAACAGUUUGCUUACUGGCUCAUAGAGUGCGUGAAGGAGAUGGCACAAGCUCUAAGAGAGAAGCUAAAAAGAUCCAACAUUGAAGUGAAACUAAAAGAUCUCAAUCCGAAGCCUCAGAAUGAGCUUUUCACCAAACUGAUGGGAUGUGGUAAACAGUGUCCAUUCUGCAAAGCACCUUGUGAAGCAGGAGGAAAUCAACAUACUGAGCACUGGACUUCUCUACAUCGCCCAAAGGGUCUUGGUAGAUUUAGGUGGGAUGUCACAGAAAAUCUUGUCAUUGACAUAUGCUCAUCUGCUGUCAUUAGUGAUGUGCGUUUUCGCUGUGAUGCUACUAAGGGUGAAUGGCACCCUUACAAGCGUUACAAAGAAAUUUUCCCAGACUGGAAAAUUGUUCCAGAUGUAAGCCUUCAGGCCUCAGACUACUGGAAAUAUGUAAUGGCGAAUUUCAACAAUGAGUUUGCUAAUGCAUAUAAAGCAAAGGCUGCUGAUAUUCCUUCAGCUUGGAAAAAUAUCACACCUGAGGAAGCAAAAAGAAGCCUGAAAGAGUCAUUUAACAUCAAAUGAGAGACUACUGACAUUUAUUCCUCAAGUGAUUUUAUGUUACAGAAAUGUACUUCCUCCUCCUUGC